ACGAAGUGAAUUUAUAUAUUACGCGUAAAUAAUAAUUUUUAAGGCCACGCUUCGUGUAAUACAAUUGAUCUCAUAUAAAACGUGACAGUUGGCUCAGAUUAAUAGUUGAAUAAAAUCAAUCAAAAUUUUCAACUCGUGCAAGAUUGUGAUUCAAAACACAUAGAAAAAGAUUUAUUCGAUAGAAAAUGGAUUUAUGAAUAGGAAACAUUGCUGAGUUUGUCCAAAAUCUGAAUUUGUAAAAUCAUUUAUAACAUCCAUGGAUGUAAAUAUAAAAAAUUUAAUAAUAUAAAUGCCAAACUUGGGUAAUUAAGUUACUAACAUUUAAAAACUAAAGCUUUUAAGAACUAUAUAAGAACUAACAUUUUAAAAGUAAAUUAAUUAAAGCAGUGAUCAAAAUAUCAGUAUAGAUUGGAGAGGAAGAAAAUAUUCAAUUCUAAUAAACAUAAAUAAAUGUGUAACGGGUGUACUGAUAUUUUUACACUUUUAGGGUUAGAUAUCCUGCACAAAUCCAUAGUAAUCUUUGCCCAGAAUUAUAUGUAUAAUUAUAGUUAAUGGUCAUAAUACACCUCGCUCGAACAGACACCUGUGGCUAUACUGUAUACACGAAAAUGUGUUCGUCAGUCGCAGACACACAUCCUGAUUACUAAUUCACGAAGCCGCGGACUACUUCCUUGCCGCGUUGUGUGACACCAAAUCCCAUAUUCCGGCCGAAUGGAGAGUCGAGACGGACACGGUGAUCCUUAAAAACUAGCACGACAACCAGCAGGAAACUUGAACACCAGCGAUUCUAUGAUAAUCUCUGAUCGAUCGGAUCAAACAAUGAUUUAGGGUAAUUCAGAAGUCGUCCGAGCUGUGCAGUUGAAAGUUUCAAUGACUUUGCGGACUGCACGGAUAAUAUAGUUUCGCUGGCUUUACAAAAUAUUUGCAGGGGAGAUUUAGUUACUAACGAUUGUACGAAUGAUUUGAUUUCGUUGGUUUCUAGAAAUGUUUAUAGAGCAGAUGUGGCUCCUAAAAUUGUAAAGCGUAAGACGAUUUACUAUGGAUAUUUUUACGAGCAGUUGAGGUCUUACUUUGGUUUGGAGUUUCUUUUAUUUUCUAUUUGCUAUUUGUACUCCUUUAUUUUGCUGUUGGAAUUUUUAUACCUGAAAAUUUGACCGAUUGUGCGAUCCUGUUAAUUUUCGCAAACAUUUAUGGGACAAAGGUAAUUAUUAAAAUCAUAAAGCUACUUUAUUUUAAAUUUCGUAAUAUUUUCUAUUGUUCCUUAGGUUUUUUUAUCCGAUAUUUUCUGCUGACAUUAGUACUACAUCUAAUACUAAGUCGUCUAGCAGAAUUGUAUCGUUUAUGAUACUUUAUGUUUUAAUUGCCUUUCGUUACUCGCUAAUUUGUGUAGAUAAUCGUGCAGUUGAGUUAACUUUAAUAUGGAUGGUGUAACGUAUUUGGACUGAUCCUGGCACACUGCAUAAAUAGUAUAAUUGGACUAAGAUAUUCAUGAAUACUUACAGAGAAGUACCAGAGAAGUACUUUCUUCAUUAUCGUUAUAUAUUUCCUUAUUUAAUAUUAAUUUAUCUAAAUUUUCAAAACACUUCCACUUCUAAAAUGAACAAACGUAACGUAUAAUACAUAAUACAUUCGUAUUUUGUUUAAUGGAGUCACAUAAAACAUUCUGGAUGUUUACCUAAACUAUAUAAAAAAUGAAAUAUUUUUAUAUCAUAUCGUAACGAUUUGGAUAAAACUUCCGACCAGCCUACUGAAUUGAAACUUAUUCAGAAGUGGUUUCUCGAAAAACUAGUAAAGUGGUGAGAUGAGUAAAGUGGAAUAUGUCUGACAAAAAUGUCGAAUCGCUUGAAGCGUUCGAUUCUAAACGAAUGCUAGGAGUAUGAUCUAUCAGUGGUUAGACUGAAAGAGGAAACUGUCUAGUAUUUACAGUUAUACGAUCGCUCCGAUGACCAACCCGUCCUCGAGUGGUAUUCCGGAUUUUUCGUUCGUCUAAAAUUCGCACCACUUGCAUGCCAUUCUAUACUUUCGAUUUAAUCCAUCGUUACCGCUUCUUUCGAAAAUUGGAAACACCCUGAAAAAAUGAAACCGGAAACGGUGACGGAGAUGGAGACGGAGAAAAUGGAAGAAAGUGUUAGAGAGAGUUAAACGUUGGACAUCUGAAAGCUUAAGAAUUUAUAUGUAAUUUCUAUACUGCGGGUAUUUAUGCUUCUAUGAUAAAUUUAGUGAUAACGAAAUCCACAGAUUGCAUUAUAAAAAUAUAUACAUAAAACAUUCAUAGUAGGAUACUCUUUAUAAUUUUUGAUGGAUGAAACAAAUUUUUAUGUAAGUUUCACUUCUUUAGUUCUGUACAUGAGGAUAUGAGAUUGAAAAAUAUAAAAAUCCAGUAAUUACUAGACAGCAGAUUUUUAUGUUAUAAAAUAUUUAUUAUAGUAGAAUUUUCCAUCUCCGAACUUAUAGGGAGACAAUAGCGUUUAGACAAUGAAAUAAUAAAUUAGUAAAUUUUCCACUAAUUUUUGUACUUUUAAAGUCUUCGACUCUUUCUUUGAAACAUCCUAUAUACGUAGAAGGUGAGAAGUGGAAGCUGAGAAUAGCAAACGAGAGAAAUACUUUCACUAAAUAUGACGGUUGAAUGCUGAAUGAAAAAAUUUUAGGUCCAUUGAAGCUGAAUUUGUUUGUAGCGCUCGUAACUUCGAUGAUGGAUUAGCUAAGAAAGAAAAGUUAUAAAGAUACUACAAUGAUUGAUUUUGUUGGAAAGAUGUUCCUUAAUCAAACUCUUUCAACUAGUCAAAUUAAUUUUAUAAUUUGUCAUUUUGUCAUUUAUUGUCCGUUAAUCGAAUUUGACAGAAGUGCAACGAUGCACUGCAGAGAUUUAUUAAAUACUGUAAAGUGAACGACUUGCAAUUUUUACGGAUAAAAAUAAUUCCGAACCAGUCAUCAACGUAACUUUGCAAUUUUAUACGUCUGUGUAAAUUGCAAGUUAGCCUUCAUACUGUUAUUAAUAUCCAAGAAAUCCUGUGCUUUGCUUGGCAAUUAAAUUGUCCGAGAAUGGUAAAAGUAUAAAUGGAUCGCAGCAUCCAAGAAGCUCGAUAAAAGCACAGACGAGGCUGUACCUCGUUUGUGAUAAAAGUAAUUAAUUACCGACAGAGAGUAAUUAAUUGUACCUAUAAUUUAAAUUUAUGAUUUAAAUUAAAUUUAAUCGUACAAUGUUAAGAUUUAAUUUAUGUUACAGAAGCAAUAAAUUAUAUUGUUCGUUAAUUUUACCAAAUCGAAUCCUUCUCCUCAACUUAUCAAGUUGCUUAGAUCCUGAGAAGAAAUAACUCAACUGUUUUAAGGCAGAUUCUUUUUUAUUAAUGAACAUCAGGGCGGAUUUUUCUUGUUUUAAUACUAUCGAUCCUGUGUUCCAAUAGGUCACAUUGGUGUCAGAAAAAUUAUAACAGCCUAAUGACCACCUUAUGUCGUUAUAGCAAAAUUGUAAUAGCCUUCCUAAAAACUACUUUGGAACGUAUUCUCUCACUAGUCUUUCAAGGGUUAAAGAGCAAAAUAUCUUUCAUUUAAAAGCUACGAAAAAUCUUCCACGAUUAUCCUACUGUAUUAUAAAUUCAAUACCAUAUUAUAAAUUCCUAAUUCUAAUCAAAUCUAAUCUUGCCCAAAUAAACCUUCUGAAUCAUUUUAUUAUAGAAAACUUACGGGAAUCUCUCUCAAUAAACAUUGACACUAAACUUUUCUAGAAACCAACGGAAACAAAAGAAAAACCAGUCCAUCGAUUGCAACGAAAAUGAUUCAUCGAGGAGCGACGAUUCAAACGAAAUCCAAGAAAAAUAGCCUUGCAGCUCCGGGUAUUCAUUGGAUGGGAAAUGUUCUGGAUGUUUUCGCAGCGUAGUAAAGUCGGUGCACGCCUCGGCCCGAUCCUUUUACUCAACGGCACAAUGCACGUUCUCAAGAAAGGGAGAAAACGCAACGAGAGCCACGUGGAGAGAACACACGAAGAAGGUGUAAUACACACCAUGUCGUCGCCAAGGAAAGAGGACGGCGAACGAGAACGAAGGAGGUGGAGAGGUGAGCCCGGUAUAAAAGGGUCGUUGCGAGCCGCCUCGUCUGUUUUAACACUCUCACCGGGUCGCUCGGUGGAUAUCACGGAGAACUCGCGUCGUUGAACGACCUGGACACAUACGCUUCACUUGAACAGGAACCAUUAUCCUUCGUCGAACAACGAAAAAAGAAGCGGGAAGUGAGAAAAAUGAAGUUGGUGAUAGCGUUGGGAGUAUUGUGCUGCCUGGCGGCAAUCGGAACCGCAUCGCCGCUGCCAAAAAUCUCAGCGGCGACUUCUACGUCGAAUCAGGUCGCAACCGGAAGACAGGCAACGCAGCUGCCAGCAGCAGUCAGCGAAGACGAUGACGAUGACGACGAUGACGACGACGACGUCGACUUUGAUAUCACGGGUGACGACGAUGAUGACGACGAUGACGAUGACGAUGACGACGACGACGAUGAUGCUUCCGAUUAUUUCGAACGUUUCAUCGAGGAUAUAUUAGGUGAAGAGGACGACGAUGACGACGAUGACGAAGCCACCCCUGUAGAACCAGUGGCGCCAGCAGUGGCGGCGCCGGUAGCGCCCGCGCUUCCGGCGGCUGUCGAAGCCGAUUUGAACGCCGCCGCCGCGGAAGCGGAGCAUGCAGCAGAAACCGCUGCGGAGAGCACAGCCGUGGAUAGCGAGCCAACAGCCGUCGAGGAUGACGAAGGAAACGCAGUGGGAGAGGGACAAGCCGUAUCCGGUAUCCACGAAACCGGGCUCGAAGGUGCGGAAUCCGUGUCAAAUCCUGUCCACGUCCCAGCCGUAUCAACGAACGAGGCAGAUACCGAGGACGAUGAUGACGAUGACGACGAGGACGACGAGGAAGACGAGGACGACGUCGAUCUGCUAUACACCGAGGACGACGAUGACGAGGACGAGGAUGACGAGGACAGCAUCGCCGACAUCGCUGGCGCCAGGCAAGCACGAAUGAUGCAGUCGGAACCAAGCAACGACGUAUCAGCGAUUUACGUGGCGAAAUACAAUCGUUUCGUGGACAACAUCUUAGGAAGAAUUAAUAAAAUCUUACGUAGCAAUUAUGACCCAGUGACGGUGAAAUUGUCCAAUGCGAAUGCCAAAUCGAAGUCUGGUAAACAGAAGAGCAAAAGCAAGACGAAGAAGAACAAUAGCAAGACUGGAAUAAAGAAGAGCAAUAUGGCAAUAGUUUCGGUGACCACAGAGAAAAUUAUCGAAGAAGUUCCUGAAAACACACAGAAAACUCUGGAUGCCGUUGAAAAUACGACUAUGUCAGCUGCUACCGUUGAAAAGGAAGCAACUACUAUCGUAUCUGAACUUCAAGUAUCAAGUAGAUCAAACGUGGAGACAACUACAAAAUCUACAACCAAACGGGUGUCUAAUUCGAAUAGCAAAAAAUCAAAUAAAACUCGUGGUGGAACGAAGAACAAAACGAAACAGACUAGCAGUAAUAAAAAUAAGACAAAGAAAAAUAAACCAAAGGCGAGAGCCACACUUUACGGACUCGCGAGCCUACAAAGAUCCGGAGACGUGUCUGUGAACAUGAUGAGCGAUCACACCAUGAUCAAAACGAGAUUUACUCUUGGUCCUUUGAUACUAAAGGUUGAAAAGGAAUUUGGUAGGGCUGCAAAGAAGGAAUUGAGAAGCGCAACUGCUACCACUGCCGAAAUGUCGGGUAAACUGAGUCUUCGAGUUCUUCAUGGUGGUGCAGCUACCCUCAAUUCCAUCCGUGUUCUGCAACCUAAACAGGUGCGAGUGGAGAGCGCGGACGAUCACGACAGAACGCGCGAAUUCGUCUGGAAAAGAUCAUCGCACAUCGCUCAUUUAGUCUCGGAGAAAUUAUCAUCAGCCACGAGGUCGAUGCUUCGACCUCCACCUGUUGCAGCGGCCGCCGCUUAAAUCUUCCUUCGCAUCAUCGUUGGUCUUAAUGAAAACCUUCAUCCAUCAUGAAAGCAGACUUCUCUCUUUUUCUUUCUUUCUUAAAUUAUUAGACCGAGGAUUUUUAUGCAAUUUCAUAUUUUUGCCAAGAGAGAUCUAAAGAAAUUAUACCUAGUAAUAGUAAUAAUAGUAAUAUGUUUCGUCUAUUAAAAACUAUGGUCAUUCAUACUUAGUAUGUUUUAUAUAUUUUUGCAUAUUGUACGCAUUCUGUGGAUUUUUGUAUUUUUAAAUUUUUAUCAGAAAUGCAUAAAAAUCCACAGUCUAUAAAUCACUAUUCAUGAGAGCAGUCUUCUCUUUAUGGUAUUUGCGUUUGGUUUUAUGGCUGUUUGUUUCUCGAAUCUAAAGAGAAUCUUCUGUAAUUUCGUUAGCUUCGAAUUGCGAGAAUUGGAUGCUUUCAUUGGAUAAGAAUUUUAAGUAAUUGAUUCUGAAUCAUUUUGAAUAAAUUAGUUACUGGAGUAUAUUACAUAAAAGAGUAACCAAAUUUAUUGGUUAAAAUGUUGUUAAAAAAAUUAGAAUGUCGAUGAAUGCAUUUCAAUUCUCGAUUGACUCUCUAAAUAUCUCAGUAUACAUAUCUGUUAUGCUACGUGCGUCAUUGAUAGAAUUCACGAUGUUCGUUAUAGAUAAUAGUUUGAUUAAUUGGACGAUGAUAGAUAUUGAUAAACUGUAUGUAGAAGAGUGUGGAGUUGUGGUAAAAUUAAUUCACUUUCCAUUAUUAUUAUCUAAAAACUGACAAAUUUCUAUUGCUCAGAUCUUGUGUUUUGACUUAAAUAUGGUUUGGGGAUUUAAUGUUACAGUUUUAUAUCACUAGUUUACAUUUUUAAAGGUACAAUUUAUUCAUUUCUCUUUUUUUUUGUUUUAAGCACUGGGAAUUUUAAGAGUCAACAAAUUUAAGAAUCAACAAAUAGCAAACUGUUUAUCCUUCCUUCACUUCAUUUUAAUAACAAUUUUUGUAAGAAAGAACGAAGGAUAAACUGGUUUUGAAAGAGUUAUGUAUUUUCAUUCUAGACCAAUAUUCGCUAUUAAUUUAUUUAUUUAUUUCUAGUAGUUUCUAUGAAUCAUUUGCAAAGUCUGAAACAUUUUCAUGCUGCGAUAUCGAUGUAAUCUGCAUUUAUACCUAUUGUUUUAUGUUACCCGAUACUUAAGACAAUUGAGCUUACAUUUAUAAAAAGAUUCAUUGUAAAAUGAAUAAGUCAAUUUUUUAUACUGUUUUAAUAAUACUCUAUCAAUAUUUAUAUAUCAAUAAAAUAUUU